UAUUAAAAACCAUUAAUAUCGAAUGAUCAAGUCACUGAUAAGGAAAUAGAUUUUUGUAAUAAAAAAUAUUAAUAAUAUUCAGAUGCAAUGUUUAAUGUCAAAUAGCACUAAAAAUGCAUUAAUUAGUAACAUGUGUUUAAUGGAUAAUGCAUCCAAAAACUUUGAUAAUGCUAGCAACUAAUGAUUGUUAAGUACCUUAUUAGAUAUUAUUAAUAUCUUAUUUUUCAAACAUUGAUAAUGCUUAUACACACCUAUUAAUAAUGACACCAACUAUGUUACUGGAAAACGCUGCGUCAACUAAUACUGGAAAACGCUCUGAAAAGUAUGACUGUCCAGCCUUCUUCGGCGUCGGUUGUCCUCGAAACUGGUCGGCCGCCGGAUACAGGCCAGACCCCUGUUUUGCAUCCUGCUAUUGCCCUGUCCUCGGAAUCAAAAGAGCUCCCCUCUUCAAGUGCGAUGAUGGUGGAUUCAAUCGCGGAAGACGUCCAUCUGAGCGCCAAGCCAUCGGUGGUAGAGGUGAACAACAUUCCCGACAAUCAGUUGACCCUUAUGAUCACGCCAUCGAAUCAGGCGACGCCGACACUGAAACAACCCAUCUCGUAUGCGAGCGUCCUCACGGGAGGUCCGUUGGCACCAACGUCGCAACCGCUAUCAGUCCAAUGGACCCCGGUAGGUGAACAUGACCUGAUCCCCGGCGAGCGAAAUGGCGAACCGGCCCUGAGUAUUUCCAUGGAUUUCAAGAACAGGCUGUGCGCCCCGUGGCACCGAACUUUGGUGGUCCGGCUUCUGGGCAUCAAGAUUGGAUUCCACACUCUCUGCUCCCGCCUAAAGGCGCUAUGGCGGCCGACUGGUUCUAUGGAGGUCAGGGAUCUCGAUGAAGCAUGCUAUCUGGUGAAGCUCAACAAUGACCAGGACUACUUUAAAGCCCUCACAGAUGGCCCUUGGAUGAUUUUCGAUCACUACAUGGCGGUCCAGCAAUGGACGCCAAGAUUCAAGGUUUCGGAUCCCCUGCCAAAAACGAUGAUUGUUUGGGUUCAUCUCCCAGAGUUGAAAAUCCAUUUCUACCACAAGGAGGUCCUGAAUACGUUGGGUAACUUGAUUGGACGCACGAUCAAGCUCGACUACCACACACUCACCCAACAGAGGGCAAAGUUCGCACGACUGGCAGUGGAAGUUGACCUCUCUCGACCUCUCGUCCCAAGGAUUUGGCUUGAUGACGACUGGCAGCCUGUUGAAUACGAGAAUCUACCCACUGUGUGCUUCGAGUGCGGAAAAAUUGGCCAUUCAUCGACAUCUUGCCCCCUGCUCCGGCCAACCGCUGCCGUGGAGGGUGCUGGUAUCGCCGAUGGCGGCACCCAAGUCUCGUCGCCGGAAUCCUCGUCGGAGGUCAACGCGGUCUUCGGCCCGUGGAUGUUAGUCACCCGCAAAGGACGGCGGAAUCCGAGGGAUUUGCACAGUAAAGGAAAGGAGAAGGAUUUGGGGAUCAAUAUUAAAUCCAAGGAAAAAGAAUUGGGGAAUUUCCUUCAUGGGGCGCCUGCUAAGAAUGGAAAGAAUGGGCUGAAAACCAAAGAAUCGGAAGUUUCCUUACCGGUGGUGGCGCAACAAUCUCCGUCACAUCUACAACGGCCUCCUGCCCAAGGUAGGAUUGAUAAUGGAGGUAAGUCAUCUGGGGAAGGGAAGCAAAAUGGUAAGGAGGUCUUGAGGGAGGAGGGCUCUCCCGCUGGUAAAAGUUUGUUGGGCCCUGGCCCAUCUCAGGGACCCAGCUCGAAGAAAGGCCAGCCCAAGUCGGAGGCCGCUAGGACCUCGCCACCCCCGUCAAAGCUGCUGCCAGACCCCUCUUUGAUUAGCGGGCCGAAUGAGGGAACCUCCUCUGGGCCCCGAACUCAAGACAGCCCAAAAGUUCUACCUCUCACCCCCCCACCAACGUGUGUCUCUACAGGCCCGAACGGAACAAUAAUGCAAAUUAUCCAGGUCCCGUCCGAAAGUGGAGGCUCUCAUCAUCGGUCUGAGAAAUCCUCCCCGUCAACGGUAGACAGAACCAAAGGGAAGAGGAGCUCCAAGGGUCGAUCGAAGAAAGGAUCGCCGGCGAAAUUGAACCCCAUGCGCCCACUUCACGUUUGGUCCCCGAUGAAAGACAGGAAAGCAAAAUCGAAGUCUAGGAUGGCGUCUCUAACCCUCCAUGAGAUAAAUGCUUGGACAGAGGCGGCCCAAUCGGCGAAGAGCUACCAGACAGAGAAGGCCCUGAGCGAAGUCCACCUUCCUCCGUCGAGCCCGGGAUAUUCGAUGGGCGUUCCGCCCACCUCUUCGGCCUUGACUGGCGCCGAUGCCUGAUUUCGCUGCUCCCCCCCUGUUUCAUCGAAACUUUGGUGUUUUCUUUCCUUCUCCCCUUUCUUUCUAUUAUACAUUAUGUCGUUUAUGCCGUCUAUUCCGUCUAUCAAAAUUUUUUCUUGGAACGUUGGUGGUGCAGGUAGUAAGGCCUUUGCCCAAGCGCUGAAGCUCUCAAUUUGUCAGCAUCGGCCGGACUUUGUGAUCCUGCUGGAGCCGCAAAUCAGUGGGAGUUCGGCUGAUUUGGUCUGUGAUAAGCUGGGGUUUCCCAACUCUAUUAGGGUGGAUGCUGAAGGUCGUAAGGGGGUAUUUGGAUUUGC